AUGAGCUGUGCAAAGGUGGACAGGUCAUUGAAGCCCAUGAUUGGCUCCACAUUAGAAAAUAGUGGAUGGAGUCUCGACGUUAAAGCAUAUAAUGCACUAGUUGAUGGAUUUUGCAAGGGUGGAAUGGUGGUUCUAUCCGAAAUGGUUGGGAAAUGUAUUUUACCUAACGUUGUCACUUAUAGUUCCAUUAUUCAUGCAUACUGUAAGGAAGAAAAGAUGGAAAAGGCUGAGAAUAUGCUGGAAAUUAUGAUGCAACAACAUAUUUGUCCCGAUGUCUUCACUUAUUCUUUGCUUAUUGAAGGGCUCUGCCUGAAGGGUGAAAUCGGAAGAGCGAAACAGUUACUUGAUUCCAUGGUAGAGAGGGGCCUUAAACCCAAUAUUGUUAACUACAACACUUUGUUAAAUGGAUAUUGCAAGAAGGGAAGCGUGGAUGAAGCUUGGAGGAGAUGUGCAGGAGAGAAUUCGUGGUUAAUUCCGUUAUCGUUUAUGCUUUGCAUGAUAAACUAA